AUGUUUGUUCUGGUUGUUUUGCCUUUGUUCUUUAUUGGAACUGCAAAGAUACAGGCUGACUUUUCUAAUAUGACUCCUGGAACAACAUACAAUGUUACAGUUUCUGCAGUUUCUUCUUCACUAUACAGUUCACCUGCAAGUAGAACAGUGACAACAAAUGUGACAAAUCCCGGUCCCCCUGUGUUCCUUGCAGGUGAAAGAGUGGGCUCUGCUGGAAUUCUGCUGUCAUGGAAUGCACCACUGCAUCCAAAUGGGAGAAUUCUUUCCUAUAUUGUUAAAUAUAAAGAAGUCUGCCCCUGGAUGCAAUCAGUUUAUACACAGGUCACAACAAAGCCAGAUAGUCUGGAAGUUCUUCUUACCAAUCUUAACCCUGGAACAACUUACGAAAUUAUGGUGGCUGCUGAGAACAGUGCUGGCAUUGGAAUAUUUAGUGAUCCUUUUCUUUUUCAGACUGCAGAAAGUGCUCCAGGCAAAGUAGUGAAUCUCACAGUUGAAGCCUUCAACUAUUCAUCUGUAAAUCUGAUCUGGUUCCUCCCUCGGCAACCAAAUGGAAAGAUAACAAGCUUCAAGAUUAGUGUGAAACAUGCAAGAAGUGGAAUUGUAGUGAAAGAUGUCUUGGUUAAAGUAGAGGACCUUCUGUCUGGGAGGUUACCAGCAUGUGAUGAUAACAGUGAAUCAUUUUUGUGGAGUACCACCACUCCUUCAACUACCUUUGGCAAACCCACAGUUACUUCAGGAGCUGCAGUUACACCAAGUACAGAAGCAAUGAGUCGUAUGAACUUUGUUUGGAAUGAACCAAUUAGUUAUGUGAUAACUAACCUAAGGCCAUAUACCACCUACCUUUUUGAAGUCUCUGCAGUGACCACUGAAGCAGGUUAUAUUGACAGUGCAAUCGUCCGGACACCAGAAUCAGUUCCAGAAGAUUCACCUCAAAAUUUUGCCUGGAGCAACAUUACAGCAAAGUCUUUCUCAGUGAUGUGGGACCCACCAACCAUUGUAACAGGAAAGUUUAGUUACAGAGUUGAGCUGUAUGGGCCAUCUGGUCACAUUCUGGAUAACAGCACAAAAGAUCUUAAGUUUGUGUUUAACAACCUUGUGCCGUUUACAACAUACGACAUUUAUGUCAGUGCUGAAACAAGUGCUGGGGCAGGGCCAAAGACUAACCUUACAGUUUUCACUCCUGCAGAUGUCCCAGGUGCUGUAUUAGAUUUGCAUGUAGCAGAAGUGGAAGCCACAUAUGUAAAAAUUGUUUGGAGGAAGCCACAACAACCAAAUGGAAUCAUUACCCAGUACAGAGUUAAAGUACAUGUGCAGGAAACAGAAGUGACUCUGGAAAACACUAUUUUCAAAGGAGAAAAUAAGUAUUUGAUUGAUUCUUUGGAUCCAUAUAUGAUAAAUGACAACAUCGAACCCUCUCCAACUUGGAGUCCAAUGGAAACAGCCAAUGAAUUAUAUGAAGGGUCAGCUGAGAUUUUUUCCAGCAUUCAGACAAUGCCUCCAAUAAUAUUUACAAGUGUGUCUGAUGAUAAAUUGCCUGCUAUAACUGGAGCUGCAGAAUCACAUUCUGCUUUGGUCACAGGUAAUCGGUAUAUUGACAUUUUGGCUGAGGAACUGUCAUACAUUAUCAAGGACCUGGUGCCUUUCACAGACUACACCAUCAGUGUGUCUGCUUUCACUGCUGUUGGGGAAGGGCCACCAUCAGUUCUCACUGUCAGGACACAGGAACAAGUACCAAGUUCAGUACAAAAUAUAUCCUACAAGAAUAUUAGUUCCUCCUCUAUUUUGCUCUAUUGGGAACCUCCAGAGAAACCCAAUGGGAAGAUAAUUUAUUAUACUGUUUAUGCAAUGGAACUGGACUCAAAAAGAGCAUUCCACACAAUAACUUCAAACAACAGCUUACUUAUGACAGGUUUAAAAAAGUACACAGAUUAUAAAAUGAGAGUUGCAGCAUCUACAGCUAUUGGAGAAAGUGCUUUGUCUGAAGAGAAUGAUGUUUUUGUGAGAACCCUUGAAGAUGAACCAGACUCCCCACCCCAAAAUGUAGAACUAAUAAAUGUAACUGCAACAGAAAUAAGCCUGAGAUGGUUACCGCCUGAGCAGCCUAAUGGUCUCAUAACUCAUUAUGAAGUUCUGUACAGUGAUUUCAAUGAUUUGUUUAUCAAAAAUGCCUCAUCUACAAGUACCUCACUUGAAACGAAGCCAUAUACUCUCUACAACAUCUCCAUAAGGGCAUUCACAAGACUUGGCCAUGGGAAUCAGUCAUCUUUCCCACUUCUGGUGAGAACUUCUGAAACUGUUCCUGGUUCUGCACCAGAAAACAUAACCUAUAAAAACAUCUCAUCCAUGGAAAUAGAGUUAUCAUUUUUUCCACCAUCCAUUCCCAAUGGAAUCAUACAGACCUACACAAUAUAUCUCAAGAUGACUAAUGAAACAGAGGAAAGAGUCAUAAACACCACACUUCAAACGCUACAUAUUACAGAUUUGAAGAAAUAUACAGAAUAUACUGCAGAAGUGUCUGCUAGUACCACAAUGGGGGAGGGCCUUCGUAGUGCACCCCUGCAUAUACUGACGGAUGAAGAUGCUCCGAGUUCUCCUCCAGAAUCCCUCUCUGUAAAACAGUUGUCGGGUGUCACUGUGAAGUUGUCAUGGAAACCUCCACUGGAGCCAAAUGGAAUUAUCCUCUAUUACACAGUUUAUGUCUGGAAUAAGAUGUCAAAAAGGAGUGUUAAUGUAACAGAAAAAUCAUUGCAGUUCACAGACCUGGAAUAUAAUUGUGAGUAUAGUGCUUACCUAACUGCAAGUACACGAUUUGGAGAUGGGAACAUAAAAAGUGAUACUAUAACAUUCAGAACUUCUGAAGGAGCACCAAGUGAUCCACCAAAAAAUGUUGAGUACAGAAACCACACUUCCACAUCAAUAUUGUUGUUCUGGUCUCCCCCUCAAAAGCCUAAUGGAAAUAUACUGUACUACUCAGUUUAUUUCAAAAAUGUUUCAGGAAUAUUCAUACAGAAUUUCACGAGUUAUGAUAAUGGCAGUGAUGUCAAUAUGUCCCAGUCUGCAGUUCUAGAUGACUUGGCAAAAUACAGCCAUUAUACUCUAUGGUUAACUGCAAGCACAGCUGUGGGAGAUGGAAACAAGACCAGUGAGAUCAUAGAUGUCUAUACAGAUCAGGAUAUCCCAGAUGGUGCUGUUGAAAAUCUGGUCUAUCAAAACAUUUCCUCAUCUUCUGUAAAUGUAAGCUGGCUGCCACCAUCCCAGCCAAAUGGCUUGGUCUUCUUUCAUAUUUCACUGAGUUUAUUGGAACCAGGCACCAAUAAGAUACUGUCUUUCCUUACUUACAACACAAGCAUCAUUUUUGACAAUCUGGAAAAAUACACUGAUUAUAUUCUAAAAAUCACACCAGCCACCGAUAAAGGAUCUUCUGAACUGCAUACGCUAAGUCUGCAUAUAAGAACUGAUGAAGAUGUUCCAGAAUCAGCACCUACACUCAAAACAUUUUCCAAUCUUUCAACUACCUCAGUUAUGCUUUCAUGGGAUCCUCCUGUUAAACCAAGUGGUAUUAUAAUAAAUUAUGAUUUAAAUUUAUUUGGGCCUGAGGAGAAUAACUCAUUCUCUGCCACCAAUAACUUUAUCAUCUUGGAAGACCUCGUGCCAUUCACAUUAUACAACAUUUUUGUGGCUGCAAGAACAGUAAAAGGACGUGGUCCAUCUGCCACACUUCUGUUCUACACUGAUGAGUCAGUGCCAUUAGCUCCACCCCAGAAUUUAACCAUUUCCAACUACACUGCAGAUUCUGUUUGGCUAAAAUGGGAUCCGAGCCCUCAGCCAAAUGGUGUUAUUAUGACAUAUAAUUUUAAGAUUUAUCAAAACAACACUGAAAAACUGUUCUAUCAGAACAUUUCAGGUUCAAACCAUGAGGCAAAUAUUGUUGGAUUAGAACCAUUCAGCCCUUAUUUUAUCAGUGUCUCUGCAUUUACCAAGCUUGGAAAUGGCAAUCAGUUCAGUAACGCUGUCCAGUUUACAACAAUGGAAGCAGUACCAGAUGCUGUCCAGAAUGUUCAUUGUAUUGCAACGAGUUGGCAAUCGAUCCUAGUGCAGUGGGACCCUCCUGCAUCAUCCAAUGGUGUAAUUACUCACUACAUCAUCACAGUUGAAGGAAAUUCUACAAAUUUUUCAGCCUAUGAUGCACUGCAUACCUUUAGGAAUCUACUUUCCAAUAUUACUUACCAAUUUAAAAUAAAAGCUGCAACAUCUGCUGGUGAUGGUGAAGAACAGAUUUGCAACGCCAGUACACUUCCAGAAAAAGUUCCUAGUGCUCCCAGGGAUAUUGUUUUUUCCAAUGUGCAGUCAACAAGUGUGACCUUGAAUUGGAGAUCACCGAAAUCUAUCCUGGGCUACUUUCAAAACUACAAGAUUACCACGCAGCUACAGUCCAUCCAUUGCAGUGCCUGGGAAACUGAUGAAUGUAUUGAAUACGAGAUGCAUCAGUAUUUAUAUGAAAAUGUGGUGGAUGACUGGAUAGAAGUGACAGUGCAUGGACUGAAAAAAUACAGAUGGUACAGAUUUGCAGUUGCCGCCAGUACGAAUGUUGGUUAUGGCAGUCCUUCUCCUUGGAUUUCUACACAGACACUUCCUGGCUCUCCAGAUGGUCCUCCAGAAAACGUGACUGUUUUAGCUACAUCUCCUCACAGUAUUAAUGUCAGCUGGAGUGAACCUGUCAUCAUUACUGGGCCAACGUGCUACCUCAUAGACAUUACCUCAGUAGAUAAUGACAAUUACAAAGCUCAGUUUCUGAAGACAAAUGAUGAGAAUAAAGUCUUAGAAAUUUCUGAUUUAAAAGCAUUUACAAGGUAUUCUGUGGUAAUCAUUGCCUUUACGGGGGAUGUUAAUGCUGCUCUCAUUGAAGGCAAGGCUAGUUCUCCAAUAAUUGUCUCCACUUUUGAAGCAGUGCCUGAAGACCCACCCAACAAUAUAACGUUUCAGAAGAUACCAGAUGAAGUAACAAAGUUCCAAGUAACAUUUAUGCCACCAUCUGAACCAAAUGGAAAUAUCCAGGUGUAUCAAGCUAUGUUUUACAAUGAAGAUGACCCUGCUGCCAUCCAGAUCCACAAUCUUAGUGUCAUUGAUAAAACAGAUCAGUCAGUCACUGCCAUGAUAGAAGGACUAAAAGGAGGACAUACCUAUAAUGUCAGCGUGUAUGCAAUUAAUGGUGCUGGUGCAGGGCCAAAAAUUCAAUUGAAAAUAACCAUGGAUAUCAAAGAACCACCACGACCUAAAAAGAAACCGGCACCAGUUUAUGACACCAGUGGGGCAUUACUUGUCACAGCUACAACGAUUACGAUCAGAAUGCCAAUUUGUUAUUACAGUGAUGAUCAUGGCCCUAUCAAGAAGAUACAAGUUCUUGUUGUGGAAGCAGGAGCUCAGCAUGAUGGAAAUGUUACUAAGUGGUAUGAUGCCUACUUCAACAGACCAAGGCCAUAUUUUACAAAUGAGGGCUUUCCAAACCCACCAUGUAUACAAGGAAAAGAAGAUCUGACUGGCAAAGAAGAGAUAUAUGUCAUAGGUUCUGACACUACAUGUAUGAUACCAGGCAGUCAAGACAAAAUAUGUAAUGGCCCUCUGAAACCAAGAAAGCAGUACCUAUUUAAGUUCAGAGCAACUAAUGUUAAAGGACAAUUUACAGAUUCUGAUUAUUCUGAUCCUGUCAAAACAUUAGGUGAAGGAGCAUCAGGAAGAUCUGUAGAAGCUAUCCUUUCUGUUACUUUGUGUAUACUUUCCAUUUUUCUUCUGAUGGCUGCAGUAUAUGCUUUUGCAAGAAUUCGGCAAAAGCAAAAAGAGGGAGGCACAUACUCCCCACGAGAUGCAGAAAUUAUUGACACUAAGUUUAAACUGGAUCAGUUGAUCACAGUGGCAGACCUGGAGCUGAAGGAUGAGAGAUUUACACGGUUACUUAGUUAUAGAAAAUCCAUCAAGCCAAUAAGCAAGAAAUCCUUCCUACAACAUGUUGAAGAGCUUUGCACAAACAACAACCUAAAGUUUCAGGAAGAAUUUUCGGAACUUCCCAAGUUUCUUGAAGACCUUGCUUCAACUGAUGCUGAUCUGCCUUGGAACAAGUCUAAGAAUCGUUUCCCAAACAUAAAGCCAUAUAAUAACAACAGAGUAAAGUUGAUGCCUGAUGCGGGUAUUCCUGGAUCUGACUACAUUAAUGCUAGCUACGUGUCUGGUUAUUUAUGUCCGAAUGAGUUCAUUGCAACCCAGGGACCAUUACCAGGAACAGUGGGUGAUUUCUGGCGAAUGGUGUGGGAGACCAGAGCCAAAACACUUGUGAUGCUUACACAAUGUUUUGAAAAAGGACGGAUAAGAUGUCAUCAAUACUGGCCAGAAGAUAAUAAACCGGUUACUGUGUUUGGGGAUAUAGUGAUUACUAAACUGAUGGAAGAUAUUCAAAUAGACUGGACCAUCAGAGAUCUAAAAAUUGAAAGACAUGGAGACUGCAUGAUGGUACGGCAGUGUAACUUUACUUCUUGGCCAGAACAUGGAGUCCCUGAAACUACUGCACCAAUUAUCCAUUUUGUGAAACUUAUCCGUGCAAAUCGAGCACAUGAUACUACACCAAUGGUGGUUCACUGCAGUGCUGGUGUUGGAAGAACAGGUGUUUUUAUUGCACUUGAUCAUUUAACCCAACAUUUAAAUGACCAUGAUUUUGUGGAUAUCUAUGGGCUCGUAGCUGAGUUGAGAAGUGAAAGAAUGUGUAUGGUACAGAAUCUGGCACAAUAUAUAUUUUUGCAUCAAUGUGUAUUGGAUCUGUUGAGCAGCAAGGGAAGUAGUCAGCCCAUAUGUUUUGUAAAUUAUUCAGCACUGCAAAAGAUGGACUCUCUGGAUGCUAUGGAAGGUGAUGUGGAGCUUGAAUGGGAAGAAACUACUAUGUAAAUGCUAAGACUAAAUAUAUAAGAUAGGAGAUUUUGAAAGUCAAAG